CUGCUCUUCCUCCACCAGACCAACCUCAUCGUCAUGUCCAAGAUCGCCAAAGACGUUUUCAUUGUUGCCGCCAAGCGCACACCUUUUGGUGCGUUCGGAGGAAAGCUUGCGCAAUUGAGCGCUACCGAGCUUGGUGGGUUAGCUUCUGUUGCCGCGAUCAAGGACUUGCCUCAGGGUACCAAGGUUGACUCUGUUAUUUACGGCAACGUGCUGCAGACCUCAGCAGAUGCGGCCUAUCUUGCCCGCCAUGUUGGACAUCGGGCCAAAGUUCCCAUUGAGUCUCCCGCGUUGACAAUCAACCGUCUUUGUGGAUCCGGUUUCCAGGCUGUCAUUAACGGAGCACAAGAGAUCAUCUUGGGAGAAGCGGAUGUUGUCCUGACCGGUGGUACAGAAAACAUGACCCAAGCACCCUACGCGCUUCGGAACAUUCGGUCUGGUACAAGAUAUGGUGUAGACCAAAAAUUGGAAGACACCCUUGCCCAUGCCUUGGUUGACAGUUUCCCUCAGCGUGUUCCCAUGGGUAUCACUGGCGAAAACCUUGGAAAGAAAUAUGGUAUUACCCGUAAAGAGUGUGAUGAAUUUGCUCUUCAAAGUCAGCAGCGAUGGGCCAAGGCCAACGAAGCCGGCAUCUUCAAUGCUGAAAUCUCACCAGUGGAGAUCAAGACGAAGAAGGGAGUUCAGGCUGUUACCACCGAUGAGCAUCCACGCCCACAGACAACCCUCGAAAGUUUAGCAAAACUUCCAUCAGUGUUCAUCAAGGACACCGGUCUUGUGACGGCAGGUAAUGCAUCUGGCAUCUGCGACGGUGCCGCGAGUCUUGUCGUUGCCGGCGAAGAUGCAGUGAAGAAGCACGGCUUGAAGCCCCUUGCUCGUCUUGUCAGCUGGUUCUACACAGGCGUUGACCCCAACAUCAUGGGAAUUGGUCCCGUGCCUGCCAUCCAAGGUGCUCUGAAGAGAGCUGGUCUGUCUUUGAAGGACAUGGACUUGAUCGAAGUCAAUGAAGCUUUUGCCGCUCAAUUCCUGGCCGUUGAGCGAGAGCUUGGUUUGGACCGCGCCAAGACAAACACCAGCGGUGGUGCGAUCGCUUUGGGUCACCCUCUCGGGGCCAGUGGGGCACGAAUCACGACGCACUUGGCUCACGCACUCCAGCGUACCAACGGUCGUUACGCCCUUGGUUCGGCAUGCAUCGGCGGUGGUCAGGGUAUUGCUGUGAUUCUGGAACGUGCUUAGGAUAUUGAUAGAAAUGGUUUUGAUAUAGGAAUAGUCUUGGUAGACCACUUGCCCUUUAAUGACAUUACACAUUGCAUCGUAGAAAUUCAUGUGGAUUUCAUCGGCAAGCUCAUUUGUGAAAAUUCACGGGGCUGGCAGCACAUGAUGGCUUCUUUCCCACUCCUAUUGCUCGUCAAACC